CAUUAUCUCGACCAGGACACCCAAGGGAGAGAAGAAGAGCUUCCAAACUCACCUCCAUUGGUGCAAAUUCGAGCUCAAGCUUUAGUGGUCCCAGGAGGAGGUUUUAAGAAGGCAACAAGUUAGGAAAAGUGUGAAUAAUUAAGGCACUUGUAAAGGGUAUUUCGAGUGAUUUCACAAAGGUGGAAAAGUCGCCGGAGUUGUCGCCGGAGUUGACCAAAAGUCGCCGGAGUUUCACCGGAGUUCAAUCAAGAAGGGUAGAACUUCAUAACGCUAGUUCAAGGUUGAAGUUAGGGCUUGCUACCUGCACCUUCCUACGGGUGACAUCAUAAUCAAGGAAGACGUGGUUCGUGCUUCCUCAUGUUCUUUCAAAUUACAAAACAUUGCUCAUGGACAUUUUCAUUUGUUUACACUACUUUUGGGCUUGCAUGCCCAUGCUAUUGGCCGAAUGUGGCCUGUGACUUACCGUUGAAUAUUUCCGCUAUUCAUUGGUUAAAUUGUGAUGUUGUUAUGUAUGUUUACUACUGCGUAUGGAUGAAUUGUUUUUCUCGAACGCCUUGUGUAAUUAAGUGAGGUUGACUCGCAGGUGACGUCACUUGAUUAUACGGCGGUUGUGCACGCGCUCAGAUUGCGGUCUGGGGUCAAUGAGGUCUACCCAAAAGAACUUUAGUUCUAUCACCCUCACUCUUGAAUUUGAAAAUGACCCAAUCUUUGUCAUGGGGUCUAACUUGGUAUGGAACAUUCCACUUGUUCAUCAUGUCAUGGAUUAGCUUUGUAUCCAGGAAAACGCCCAUCAAAGUAAGCAACAAGGCAAAAGCCCCAAAUUUCAACCACAGAGGAUAUCUUUCUAUUAGAAAGAUCAACAAAGUCUCCAACCGGUUCAAUAUACCUCAAUUUCAUACCCUUCUCGGGUUCCCUAUUAUCCUUGAAAAGAGAGACCCAAGGUUGGGUAGUCACGAUUUCAUUCCAAUUAGAAGGAAUGUCUUUGACUUUUUUCAAUGCCGCGACAUUAGCUAGGGAAGCGAUGCUUCUUUGUCUAAAGUGACAAUCUCAUGAGAAGCAAGGGAAGCCGAGGCCUUUUUAUCCAAGGUGACAAUUUAUGAGAAGCUAUGAAAUUUAUGACAAUUUCAUGAGAAGCUAGGGAAGUCGGUGCCUCUUUGUCCAAAGUGACAAUAUGCCCUUGACGGCUUGACAUAUUUAAAUGCCGACACAAAGCAUACGUUUACUUUAUUACACUAGAUUUACUUAAUUUCAUUUUAUUCAAACAAAACAUAAAUAUGUUCAAUUAGUUCUCAUUUUAU